UGUCCCAUUCCUCUUUGCGGUUUUUUUCUGCUUCCGUCAGAAGGAGGAGGAGGCUGAAUGGAAAAUGGCGGACGGCGUAGACCAUAUCGACAUCUACGCCGAUGUGGAAGAGGAGUUUAACCAGGAGUCCGACUACAACGUCCAUGAGCAGAUAGACCUGUACGAUGAUGUCAUCUCACCCUCCGCCAACAACGGCGAUGCCCCAGAAGACCGAGACUACAUGGACAGCCUCCCCCCACCUGUAGGUGGCGAUGGAGGCAAAGGGGCUCCAUCCAAUGUGGUCUACACCUACACUGGGAAGCGCGUCGCCCUAUACAUUGGCAACCUGACCUGGUGGACGACAGAUGAGGAUCUGACUGAAGGAAUUCGCUCGUUGGGCGUGAAUGACGUGCUGGAGAUCAAGUUCUUUGAAAACCGUGCGAACGGCCAGUCAAAAGGGUUUGCCCUAGUCUGCGUGGGCUCUGAGGCCUCCUCCAGGAAGCUGCUGGAGCUCCUCCCCAAACGGGAGCUUCACGGCCAGAACCCCCUGGUCACGCCAUGCAACAAGCAGUCGCUCAGCCAGUUCGAGAUGCAGUCCAGAAAAAGUACAGGCACGCAGUCGGGACAGAUGUCCGGAGAGGGCAAGGCGGGUCCCCCAGGUGGCGGACCACGCGGUGGGUUCCCCCUGGGUCGUGGCAGGGGACGCUUCCCCGGCCCCGCCGGGCCCCCUGGAGACCGCUUUCCAGGGCCCAUCGGACAUGGGGGCCCCCCUCUCCAUUUCCCAGGUCUGCCGGGUCCCCCGCGGCCCCCAAGUGGCCCCCCGGGGCCUCCUGGGCCUCCUGGGCCCCCACUUCCUGGACAGGGCCUCCCACCUCCUGUGUCUGGCCCCCCAAACCGGGGCGACCGCCCCAUGCCCCCAGUCCUGUUCCCGGGCCAGUUUGGCCAGCCCCCUUUAGGUCCUCUUCCUCCAGGCCCCCCACCUCCUGUCCCCGGCUAUGGGCCACCUCCAGGUCCCCCCCCUCCACAGCAGGGCCCGCCUCCCCCAGGACCCUACCCUCCACGGCCCCCUGGCCCCAUCGGCCCACCCCUCGGGCUGGCCCCCCCACCACACAUGGGUGGUCCUCCCCCCGGCGGCCCCCCCCCAGCCCCUCACGUGAACCCGGCAUUCUUCCCUCCACCCGGAAACGGUGCCAUGCCGUCAUCUGACAAUCGCGGGCCCCCCCCUAAUGACCCCUAUGGCCGCCCCCCACCAUACGACAGAGGAGACUUCGGCCCCGGUGGCAGGGAGAUGGACACAGCUCGAGCUCCCCUGAGCGACGCCGAGUUUGAGGAGAUCAUGAACCGCAACCGGGCCAUCUCCAGCAGCGCGAUCUCCAGGGCGGUAUCGGACGCCAGCGCAGCUGAUUACGGCAGCGCCAUCGAGACGCUGGUCACGGCCAUCUCCCUCAUCAAGCAGUCCAAGGUGUCGGCAGACGAUCGCUGCAAAGUGCUCAUCAGCUCCCUGCAGGACUGCUUGCACGGCAUCGAGUCCAAGUCCUAUGGUUCUGCUUCUAGAAGACGGGAGAGGUCUAGGGAGAGGGACCACAGCCGCUCACGGGAGAAGAGCCGCCGGCACAAGUCGCGGAGCCGAGAGCGGCACGAGGAUUACUACCGUGAGCGCAGUCGCGAUCGUGAGAGACACCGGGACCGGGACCGGGACCGCGAGAGGGACAGAGACCGCGAGAGGGAGUACCGCCACCGUUAACGAAGUUGGAGGGAAGAUCAGGGACUGCAGUGUCACCAUGGUCGUUUGGGGACGGAUCGUCGCCGGCCAUCUCUUCUCCGCCUUGGAGGGACCGGCCUCCACGUCCACAGCUAUGACGGACGGAUCAACAGAUCAGCUCGGAAAGCAAAACCUGCAAUUGUGAUCAACCUGAUCGAUUUAUUUUUACAAUGCUUUCUGAGUUUAUUUGGUAUAUUAUUAAAAGAAAAAAACCUGUGUGAUUGAAUGUUACUGAUUUCCAAAAUAAGAUACCUACUCUGUACACAAAAAACCUUUUUAACAGAUGUUUAAUUUUCUGUAGAUAAUUGUCUUACUCUUUUUACAGGUUUUGUGUUUUUGUUUUGUUUUUUUUUCCUUCAGGUAAUGUCUGUAAUGUCAUGGCUUUUUACGAUAGACUUAGUGUUGUAAUAAACUGUUUGCUGGGACCGAAUAAUCCAUAUUUCUCCCAGUUUCUUUGCAUCCUGCAACCGGCUUGGUCGUCUUUUCAUUUGCAUUAAAUGUAGAUGUCAAUGAAUUGAAAUGCAUCCCACUGAUUGCUUGGUUUGAGCCUCCAGCAGUUUUUUUUAAAUAAAGUAUUUUUUCACAGUAA